CCAUCAACACCACUGCCACCAACAUCACUGCUACCAACAUCACUGCUACCAACAUCACUGCCACCAACACCACCACCAACACUCGGUUGGAUCCUGGCAGCAUCAAGCGCCACGUGUCGUCAGAUUGAUGGCUAUCCAUUUAGUCAUCUGAUCUGCUGGUCACGACGAGACCCUGCUCUGUUCAACGAACAGCGACUCUCCGCAUUCUUCCAUGGGCCCUCUAUUUCAGAAACGCAACACCGACGAUAGCAUGAGUCGCCCAUGCACGAAACGAAGCAAGUUGGAAACGUCAUCCAGCAAUUCGAUUAUAAAAGAGAUCAAGAGACUGUACGGGCGUGUGUGCAUGCAUUGCGAGGGAACCAUUGUAUACGCAGCCCAUGUCUUUGCACCGGCAGAUGAUAACUUCGACGACUACAAAGCCGCGAACCUCGUCAACCUGGCGAGCCAGGGCGAUGCGGAGAAUUUCAUAAAUCUUUGCCCAAACUGUCACAAGGCCUACGAUCGACCCUGGAAGCCACGGCUCCUCAUUGUGCCCAAGUACCUCGAAUUCUUCACCCAGGCCGAGAAGAAGGCUCAAGUACGCGCCAAAGGCCACCGAAUUCCUCCCAACGCGAUUACGUACGCCGAAUACUGUCAGCGCUACGAUGAGACGCUAGACCCAGACAAGGGCGGCCAGUACAUGUGCUACAUGGACGUGGCUUUCCUUGGACCCUAUGGUGUUCAGCCAGGAAGGAAUCUCGUUAGGCAAUGGGCCGGGGAUCCCAUGGCCAUGUUGUACCGGGCUAUGAGCGCUGCGUGCCUGAUAAUGAAACCACGAGGGUUUCCACGCCAUGUCCAGGACGAGUUGAGGGCGCUCCAGGCUUUGUAUAUGGACGGUAAUGGCAAGUUUGCUCGGAGUGUUGCUGUUACACAUGACGAGGGUAUAGAGGCAUCCCCACCAACUCCACUUCAUACACCCUUGCCAUCUCCAUCUAACACGCGCUCGCCAGGUCUAUCUCAUCCACCCGCAGGACCUCCACCUCAAGCUGCGUCUCCAUCAACCAAUGUCGACGCCCAUACGAACGCCCACACUGCCACGGGCAUGCUAUCGCCCCUGCCGACUCUCACCGCUUUACCAGACAGCGCCGAACUGCGAAAGCGAAAAUACACCGAAGCCAGCAUCAACGCCAACACUGGAGACGCCUCCACCCAAUUCCCCAAGCGCGCCAGACUCGAAGCACCGCCUGUCAAAUCACUGCCUGUUGAAGCAUCACCCGUCGAAGCAUCGCCCGGCGGAAACCCCACACCCGAUGAGAAACCGGCAGGUUACAAGCACGUCUGGAAACUCUUUCUACAGUCGUCACACCUCCCAGACCCCAAUGAAACGCCUCCCGAUGGCGACAUAUUCUCCGCCGACAUUGCAUCUACCGCCAACGUCGCCGACGACACUGCACCGCCUCCAAAUCCGUACGAUCCCUUCAUGGACGACAAGAGAUUCUGGAGAUGGGAGGGCCGGACCGCCCAGGCCGCUAUCGAUUACUGGCAAGCCGUUUUCGUACCACUCUAUGCGCCUAAGUCACUCGCAGAUACGAAAUUCCCGAACGUGCAAGCCGUCCACAUGACUGAUGCUACGACCCGACACUGACCUUUCCUUUGUCAAGUAUCGCUAUAAUCUCAAAGCCACCUCUAGCAAGUGCAACAGACCUUUGUCUAUAGUAUCCGGAACUGAAAGUUGCUAUCUUCAAUACGUAGCGGUCAUUGAGA